CCUGACGCGAUGCGAUUCACCUGGUCUCAUUGUACCGGAAGUAUACUGCAUAAAGACGGAGACGAGGCGCGGGACGUGCAUGUGUAGCGCACGUAAGCAGCUGCUUGGUGUGUGCUGGUUUUCUUUUUAUAUUUGAUCGUCAGUCAUGCCUCCUAAAAAGCCAGCAGCAGACUCGGCCGAUCCGCCUGCGCCGUCCUCCAGCGAUGCCCCGGUGGAAGAGAAGAAAGCAGAAGUUGCGGCGCUGCGCAAACUUGCAGCUCAUCCCUCCACAGCGAUUAUGGUGAAAGAAGCGCUGAAAGAGUUGGACUCGCGCAAAGGGGUGUCAUCCCAAGCGAUCCAGACCUUUAUCAAACAGAAAUACCCCUCAGUGGACUCGGUGAAGUUGAAGCACUUGGUCCGCAGAGCCCUGAAAAAGGGGAUCGAGACGGGCACGCUGGUGCGACCUGCCAACUCCAACGUCACCACAGGCGCCUUGGGAAGAUUUCGGCUCGCACCAAAAGUCAAAGAGGCAAAGCCAAAAACGGAGAACAUUGAUCCCAAUGUGCAAAAGGUGCCCAAAGCAGCCAAGGAUGGAGCAAAGAACCCCAAAAAAGCAGGUGCCACGAAGAAGAAAGAAGCUGCCAGUGCACAGGCCAAACAGGAGGGCUCAAAGCCUCCCAAACAGCCAAAGAAAGACAAGGAGGCUGCAGAGCCCUCAAAGGUCGCUCCAGCAAAGAAGCCAAAAGCUAAGGCUGCAGAGAAAGGGGGCGGCGAGGGCGCCUCGGCCAAAACUAAAGCAACAAGCACCAAGGAGACAAAAGCAGGAAAGGCGUCCCAGAGCAAGGCUGCCAAAGCAGGCAGCGAUGCCCCUGCUACUAAAGCGACAGGGAAACGAAAGAAGACUGCAGAGUAACUUUCUAGCUCUUAACUGAUGUUUUAUACUGUUUUGUUUUGCAAUAAAAUCUUUA